AAACGAUUGAGCUCGCACUUCCACUGUGUGCCCACUGUAUGUGCACUAAGUUCGCUGUGUAUCUGCUGGGUCUGGGCUUUUCGGUUCGAGUUCUGGGCCUGGGCAGUGAAUUGUAUAUAAUUAGCGCAUUUAUUGACUAACUGCCGCUUGCAACACAAAUUGUUCGUAGCAACAAGAGCUGACGAGUGAUAUGAUGAAAGUACAAUAAUUACUUGGCUUACUGGCCCUCCCAAGUAUACGGACAUUUGCUACCACUGUAUGUAUAUCUGGGUAGGUAGGUAUAUGUAGGUGGGACCUGAUAAUACCUAUAUAUACACAAUUCACAGUCAUGCGAUUUCGAUUUCGAUUGACAAAUGUGCGUGUGCUGCAAUUGUGUACCGACUAAGCUCCAAAAAUCUUCUACCACUCUCCACUCUGUAUUGGGUUUGGUUGCAUCCCGUUUUCGCCUUUCCUCGAUGAUUCUCUCUUUCUAAUAGCACAAUUUUAAUUUCUUAAUUGAAUUUGUUUGGGGCGCAAGUAUAUGUGUGUUGCUGAGAGAGCGCUGUUCGCCAUGUUUGUUUAAUUGUUUAAUUAAAUUAAAUACCCUGACUGCAACUAUUGCAUACCUCGGCACUUUGUAACAGUCGCAUCCGCAGAUGUAUCGCAAGAAACGCUCAUAGGUGCCAUAUUUUCAGUUGACACGCCAAUUAGUGCAUUUAUAAUUCAUGACGUGGGUUAAUUGCUACACUUAAGCCCAACUAAACAACCAACGAUUGGGGGCUGUAAGACCUUUAAGACGAAACCAAACCUUAUCUUGAACAACAGAUAGCAGAUAAAGUUGUUUAUGGUUAAGUUCUCUGGCUGUGAAUCAGUUUAGGAUACAGCUUGGCGAUGGUAACGACACAGCGGACCAAAGAACUGUGCCAAACAGUUCGGCUGAAGUCUACACAAGUGUUUAUUGUGGCCGGAACAUGUUUGGUUACGUUGCUGGUCUCAUUGGUCUGCAUUGGACUUAUGACCCGAUACGAGGUGCAGAACGAGGUGGCCAACGUGGCGGAUGUGGACUAUUGGAAGGACAAGGUGGCGCCCUCGCAGAAAAUCUGGUAUGAUAGUGGCAUUGAGGAGCUCAACGAGGCGCUGAGAUCUCCUUCGGGUCCGAUUUACCCCAAAAACGUAAGGAUAUUUCUGGUUCAAGGUGUCGAUGGCAGAGACUUGGCUGCAUAUAGAUUUUUCGCCAAAGAUUUUAGCCAUGGAAAUACGAACUUUGUUUGGGAUCAGUUUCCCCAUUUGGCUCGCUUGAAGAACAGCUGCACUCAACAGAUUCCGUGCGAAGUCGCUAGAGUUUCCAGAGCAUUCUGGGCGGGAAUACCUUUGGAAAGAGUCCAUCGAUUUCAGCCAGAUUGCGGGCACUUGGCCAAUGCAACGGAUAACGUGCUAAGUGUUCUUCGCCAGGCUCAAUUAGUUGGUUUGCGUACAGGCUUUGUGACCACUCAAAGGAUUACAGGUGCCACGGCAGCCGCGCUCGGAAAUACCAACUCCAACUACGAAUGCGAUGAACGAAUGCCUCUGGGCUCCUCCAAGUCCGGCUGUCAGGAUAUAGCACGUCAGCUAAUUUCUGGCGAGACUGGUCGAUCAUUCAACGUAAUCAUCGGUGGCGGCAGGCAAAUGCUCAAUAGUGUGGUUCCCAAAACCAGAUCGGACCCUGUGGAUGAACUUCUCUGCGAGUCCAGCGAUGGACGCAAUCUGCUCAAGGAGUGGAGAAGCCACAAGCUCAGGGAGAGCAAAAUCAGUCCAAUAAAAUUUGAAUUGAUCCAGCGAACCGAUGAACUGGAGUCCUUGAAUGCCAGCAACUUUGACUUCCUGUUGGGAGUAAUGGCAAAUGGAGAUUUGAGUGGGAAUGCCAAGGCUCCAAGUCUAAAAUUAAUGGUGGAAAGAUCACUGCAAGUCCUGAAAAAGCAAGACCAAGGCUAUCUACUGAUAGUGGAGCAGUUUAUUCAGUCGGACAUGGACAAAAGAAAGCAGCUGCAGCUGUUAAACGAAACGCUGGCUGAUCUUCACACGGAUCAGGAUACUCUAACUCUAGUUCUCAUUACCAAUGCAAUCUAUCCACAACCAAUCCUGGAUGUGAGCGAAGAAACAGAGACAAUCAGCCACCUGCCGGAGACUUUUAAUGAGGCGGAAUAUCAGCUCCAACAGAGACUACACCAAAUGCCAUCGGAGAGCCUACUUUUUGCUCGGGGACCCAAGUCUUCCAUUUUUCAUGGUGUUCGAAAGGAAUCCUUCCUGGCACACGCUGUAUCCCAUGUCCUAAGCAAAAGUAGAGCUAAUCCUUGACACUUUAGGGCCUCUUAUAGUUUUUCCUGACAAAUAACCAUCUCUAAAGGAAUUGCUUAAAGAAAUGUAUAUUUAGUAAGUAUACGAAACAUUGUGAAAAUAAUUGUAAAUAAAUCAAGGCUGUGAAGUUAUCUGAACCAAAA